AUGCCUCGCCAUCAAGAGGAUGAAGACGAAGACAAGGACUACAUGCCAGACGAGGAGUACAUGCCUCGUGCCAAAAGGCACAAGUCGAUAGCUCGAAGCACCAGCCAAGAAGAACCAGCGGCUACCGACUCCCACUAUUCCGAGUCACAUGGUGAUUCUGAAGAACUUGACGCAGCUUUCACUGCCGCUAGUUAUCGCCCCAACCCGCGCAGAUCAGCGACAGUUGCCAUCGAUCGCAUGAGCAAGACCAGUCGCACUUCGAGACAACCCCAUCGCGUAGAGGAGCAACAAGAAGAACAUCCUGGCACCCAGCAAUCUAGAACCAGCCGCACUCUACAACAAAGUCAACCCAUCGAAGAACAACAAACUUCUCGCAGACACGUCGCAAGUCAAACCAGCCGUGCAUCACGUCACGUUAAUCUCGCCGAACCGCAGCAGCAGGAUCACCGCCGUGCCCCGCAGAGUCAACCCGCCAGCAACGUUCCCAUCAGACCCUCCCCUCUGAGCAACAUGUCUCUACUCAGGGAUUUCCAAUCUCCGUCGAUUGAACUAACUGCCGCGUCUGGUCGACCUGUUCGCGCCGCCGCAAUCUCGAGGAACGCAGAUCGUAUGAGCAGACAGACCCAGGCCGGCAGUUCAUCCGCUGCUCUCACUCCCGUCGAGGAGGAAUUCAUAUCCGAUGCACCUGGACGACCAGCGAGACGCCCCAUCUCCCGCGAGCAACAGCGCAAACAGAACUCCAUCAUGGUUCUCUACAGAAGCAUCUUCGACUCCAAGCUGAAGGAAUUCCCCGUUCUUAUGACCUUCGAGCCGAUCCCCGACACCUGGAAAGGACCACCCUCACCCCGCGCCAGUCCCGCUCCUCCCGCCGCUCCCCCAAACACCCCGAGCCUCAACCUCUCAAUCCCUCAAAUUCCCGAAUUCGAUGCCUUCCACCAACGAAGUCUCACCUCGACUCUCCGCAUGCAAACCCCCUACGGCGGCCCCGCGCUUCCCACCCCUCCCCUUGGUUACGAAAGUUACUCCUUCCUAAACUACCCUCACACCCAGCCUCGAACCAGCGUCAGCGGCAGCAACACCCAGCACAACAACAACUACAGCUACCUGUCAAUGCCAUCAGACGUCUUCGGCCAAGCCGUGCCCUCUCUGCGCACCACCCCCAGAUACCACCCGACCAACGAAAUGACGCCCGAGCAACUCCAGCGCUACCACAACGAUCGGCGGCUGUUCGUUAAGAUGAAGGCCGCCUGGGUUGACAACGAGAAGGUGCUACGUCUGCGACAGAAAGAGGGAGAUGCGAGUGCGCUCCGGACGCUGUGGGAUGUGGCGCAGGUUUUUCGGGCGAGAAAUCCACUGAAUCCGAGCGCGGAGAGUAUACGAUGGUUUGUGGAUUUGAGGGAUUCGAUUUUGAGGCCUACCAGGUCUAGGUCUAGGUCGAGGGGUCGACGAAGUCAGAGACCGAUUGGCGAGAAUGCGAGUGGUCCUGCUGAGGAAGAGGAGGAGAAGGAGGAGGAGGGCGGCCACGAUAACCUCGAAGACUUGAUUGACGCGGCAAACUCGAUGGCUGAGGAUGAGGAUGAGGAUGAGGCUGAACCGGAGCCUGAGCCUGAGCCUGAGCCUGAGGCGAUGGAUGUUGACGAGCCUGAGCCCGAUGAGCCGCAUCAGCAGCAAGAUAAUGAGCAUACGCAUUUGCCGCAGGCUAACAACCACGACGACGACGAUGAUGAUAACUUCCUUAACCUUAACCUUGACGGGAUGGGACCAGCAUUCAGAAUGCUGGUGGAGAUGGAGCAGCGUCAACGACGUCGUGCACGUGAAGCACUGCUGCAGCUGGAGCAGGAGCAUCAGCAGGAGCGGGAGGAGCAUCAGCAAGAACAGCUGCAGCAAGAAGAGCCACAGCAACAACAGCGAGAAGCUUCGGUAAGCUCCAAGGGAGGGUUCGGUAUCAAUGACCUGAUUAACUGA